AUGACGGAAAUCGUGACAAGUACACUUGACCCCACGGAAGUUCCCCUAAAAAACCUCACCAGUACCACUGGCGGUUUAGGCCUUCUUAGCACCCUGGUCGGUCUGGUGAUGGGUGUACAAAUCGACCAAGGUACCGGCGUCUUCGUGAGGGAUCGCUUCUACACUGGCUGUCGUAUUCUUCAGCCACUGUCCAACUGGUGCGGCCUCUCUAUAGACGUGGCAAAUUUCCUCGCCUCCGCCCUCAUUGCGAGCCUUCUGGGCCUCCUUAUGCGUUAUCUGAUCUCACCCAGGCGGUUUUCCUACCGCGUACGCGCCUCCCUUGAGGUCUCUUUCGGUCUCCUUCUGAUCAUUUUCUGCUUUGGCCAGCAAGUCCGCAUUCUUAUUUUGCAAUCUCUCGUUACUUACCUGCUCCUGCGCUUCUGUCGCCUUGACCAAAUACGCACGCCGACGUUAAUCACCGCGUGGACCAUGUUCUACCUCAUGUUGGUGCAUCUCUGUCGACUCUACUAUGACUACGAGGGUUACACGUUGGACAUUUCGGGCCCACUGAUGCUGCAGACUCAACGCCUUUCCAGUCUGGCCUUCAACCUCUAUGACGGAGCGCGCAUAAAGAAGCACAAUGCUAAGAUCUCUGCUGCGAAGCCGGCCGAGGAUACAGAGUGCAAGCCUGCCUCCUCGCCACAGGUCGUUCUCGACAUGACAGCCGCCGGAGAUAGUGACGUGGUCACGGGGCCUUCUGAUUCUACUCUGGAGGGCGUGAAGACCAAGGAGACUUCCCCGCUUCCCGACUUUCCAAAGAUGAUGCCUUCUAGUCAGGGCUAUGCUGUAGAGGAUAUGCCUAGUUCCCUGGAAUAUGCCGCCUAUUCCUUCUACUUUCACGGAGUCUGCAUCGGGCCUUUGGUUUUCUACCGUGACUACCGCAAGUACCUUGGAGGGUACGAGACGGGAGAGCUACCGCCGAUCAGUUGCCGCCGUGUACUCAUCCUUCUUCUCCGCGCGAUCAUCUACGGCGGAUGUUUUGUCGCUCUUUUCAAACGAUUUCCCGUCACCUACAUUGCGGAGGCUAACUUUCGGGUGAGUUUCUUCGCAGUUUUCUAUUGGGUUUGCACUUGUCUGCCGCGAGAUUUUUUCGCUCCGAGGGGCAUGUUGAUGACCGUUUGCUGGCAAAUUUAACACACCAGAUAGCCCAUCAGCUUUCUUUCAUUCUGUAAACAUUUUUGUUGACUGCACUUGCCAGGUAUGGACGUCUAGAGACACCGCCUCUAAAGUUGAUAAAAUAACUUGCCGUUUUUCGAUUCAUGUGGCCUGAGCGCGAUUUUGUUAGCCGCAAAGUCCUUUCGAGCAUGCCCUCUGGCCAAUUUAAUCGUUUAAGUAGGAUACAAUAAGAAGCCAAUGAGAACUUGAUCGGCAUUAAUAGUUAGGAAAAACUGGUAUUGGGAAAUACCAGUGGGGAGGAGAAAUCGGGAUCGUUAAUAGUCGUGGCUUGGAAUGUUACGAACUGACAGAAUAAGUCGAUUAAACUCAUGCUCGGAAAUCAGGCUACGAAGCCUCCUAUAUAUGGCCUGUAUGGCGUUUCCACCGAGGUGGAAUACACGAUCGCAAAUUAAGGCUCGAUUUGUGUGCGACACGCGUAGACGGACUGCUUAGCUUUGUUACGGGAUGUUCCCAUGCCCGCCUCCCAGGUCACUGAACACUCAGUCUACUGCCGCGGUUUCACCAACUCUUCGUUGGAACGAACAUUUGUAGUAAACACUAGUCGUUUUUUCGUAAUGACAUGUUGCGAAUUUCUAGAGGCCUACUGCUAGUAUGGCAUCUUUUAACCCCAAAAAACCUGUUUCAGACAAGAAACUCGGGAUGUUGAGCUUUAUACCGUAUGUCGGCACAUUCCUCUAUCACGAUUACCCACCGUCUACCAUUUGAGUAGACGAGCACUUGGACUUAAAAUUCGCCUGUAUUUCCAAAGAAUGUUUCGGAAUAUUUUUUCAUCCUGAAACACUCUUAAGUACUGGACGCCUCAAAUAGCCCCGAAACAGCUGGCAGUGGUUCCUAGGCUGACUGCUGACUCGAAACGUUUUGCCGACUGGGACACUGGAACCGUCAUUUAAGGCUUACCCAUUGUCAUCAGCCAGUAAUCUCUCAGCCCACUCUUGGUGUUGAACCCGCGCGCGUUGACGGUCAACCCUCCAACCCCAGAACGAGAUGAAAAUGCCCACUUUUGUCCUGCAAUUCCUGUACACUUCACUUCUGCAAGACUCGUCACACAAUGCUCUCUGCGUCAAUAGCGAUUGAAAUUUCCAAGAAUGACACUGCUGGUCAUUCAAAUGUCUCUUAUUCAAAGAGACAUUUGCGGGCCUUUGCAGUAUCCAUCUUUACCUUCGGUUAAUUCUGCCUAUUUUUUUCCCUUUCUCACGCAGCAUAUGAACCUGUUUGUACGCGCUGGCUACAUUGCCCUCACAUUCCUGAUAGCUCGUUUGAAAUACUACUUUGCCUGGACCCUGGCCGAGGUGCUCGGUAUGUGUGCAGGCAACGGUUACACGGGUGAAGACCCCGUCACGAAGGAGACCCUGUGGAAGAAUGUGCACAACUUUGACUUUGUGGGAGUAGAGGCUGCGCUGAAUUUGAAGCUUCUAAUAGAUGCCUGGAAUAUAAAGACUGCGUGUUGGUUGAGAGAGGUGGUGUACUACCGUGCACCCAAAUCCAUCCGCACAGUGGCUGUCUUCUGUGUGAGCGCCUUCUGGCACGGCCUCUACCCCGGCUACUACCUCAUGUUCCUCACAUUUGCUCUCUUCACUCUGGCCGCCCGGGUCUGGCGUCGCAAAGUGCGCAGCCGACUGCCCUCCAAUCGUUACCUCUUCCUCCUCUACCACGGCUUCACUAUUCUCCUCACCCACGUCAGCAUGGACUACGCCCAGGCUCCCUUCCACCUGCUCAGCCUAAAAAGCAGCCUGCUCGCCUGGAUACAGUUCCUUUUUGUGCCGCACAUUGUGGCCGUGCUGGUACUCUCCGUUCCUCCGCUUGUCUCUAGACUGCGCAAAAGGCGAAAGGAACAGGACACCGAGGCGCUCCUAGCGUAG